GGAGCACAAUAAACUUGAUAGACAUGUUUCGGGGAGAAGUUAAGAACUCACUUAGCUGUUUUUGAGCCAUCUAUCAACAUCUCAGGAUAUCACACUGGGCCAAGAGCUCAACUGCUUGUCGAAACUGUACAAGUGAACAACCCAUAAGCAACUUUACGCCAUCAAGAUGUCAAACACGGGAGGUCGCAGGCUGAAGCAGUGGCUGAUGGAGCAGAUCCAGAGCGGGCAGUACUCCGGACUGCAGUGGGAGGAUGAAAGCCGCACUUUGUUCCGAAUUCCUUGGAAACACGCAGGGAAACAGGAUUACAACCAAGAAGUGGACGCAUCCAUUUUCAAGGCCUGGGCUGUGUUUAAAGGCAAGUUCAAGGAAGGGGACAAGGCUGAGCCUGCAACAUGGAAGACCAGACUCCGCUGUGCUCUGAAUAAAAGCCCUGACUUUGAGGAGGUGACAGAAAGGUCACAGUUGGACAUCUCUGAGCCCUAUAAAGUCUACCGUAUUGUACCUGAGGAAGAGCAGAAAAAUGGCAAAACCUCAGUGAUGUCCUUGACAGCUACCACAAGCUCUGGUGAUAUCACUGACAUGGACUGCAGCCCUGCUGAAUUAGAGGAGCUUAUUAAAGAGGAGGAAGGCUGUAGUAUCCAGGCCAGUCCAGAGUAUUGGUCCCAGGGCAGCAUCAAUGCAUUCCCACUGCACCAGGACCCUUUGCCAUCAGGCACUCUCAGCUCAGCUUUCUCCCAGAUGAUGAUCAGUUUCUACUAUGGAGGGAAGCUCAUGCACAGCACAGUGGUUAAUCAUUCUGAAGGCUGCCGAAUCUCCCCACAACAGCAACUGGGCCGUGGUGCCCUAUACAGUUCAGACACCAUGCAGAGUGUUCAUUUCCCCCCUUCUGAGCUCAUUGAGUAUGACCGCCAGCGCCAUGUCACACGCAAGCUACUGGGUCACCUGGAGAGAGGUGUACUGGUCCGUGCCAACCAAGAGGGAAUCUUCAUCAAAAGGCUGUGCCAGAGCCGUGUCUUCUGGAGCGGGCAGGGAGAAAUGGGUUCACAAUACAGCCCCAUGCCUUGUAAACUUGAUAGGGAUGCUGUAGUCAAGAUUUUUGACACAGGAAGGUUUCUUCAAGCUCUACAGCUAUACCAGGAGGGUCAGUUUCCUGCUCCUGAUCCGACAGUGACUCUGUGUUUUGGAGAGGAGCUCCAUGAUCUUAGUAAUGCCAAGAGCAAACUGAUCAUUGUGCAGAUCACUGUGGUGAACUGCCAGCACCUGUUGGACGCAGUGAACGUGCGGCGCUCCCAGCCCUACUGCAACAACCCAAACCUGGAGAUUCCUGACAGUGGGGCCACUGACCAGAUGGCCCGCAUCUACCAGGACUUGUGCAGCUACAGCGGCCCCCAGAGGCCAGCCUGCUACAGGGACAACAUGCCCAUCACUGCCUGAACUAUGAGCAGUGACAUACUUGCCAGGAGCUUCUCGGCUUGUACCAGACUGAACGUACAACAUAUUAGGGACCAUAUAACAGUUAGUUUCGACUUUUUAAAUUUAUACCAAUCACAAUGGAGACAUAAAGAUAAGGAGGAGCAAAUCUCUUACAGUAAGACUUUAAAGCUGCAGCUCAAUAUUAGGAUGUCCCUAAUAUUUUGUAUAUCAGUAAUGUUUAUGUCUUUAUGUACAGCGCUAACGCAAACUCUGUGUCUAACCUCUGCUUUAUUAUUUCAAGAGUGUGUAACACUUGAGCACAAGUCUCAAGUGUUACAAAGUCUUUCAGACAAAUUCAUUUAGGGGAAUUCCUUCACAAUUUUUCCUAUAUAUCUUUUAAGACUCAAAGCAUCAUGGAUAAGGCUUUGUCUGACAAAGUUUGAUAUUUCUAAGCAAUUUAGUUCUCAAAUCUUAUUUUUUUGUAGUUGAGUUGCUUCCUUAUAUGAUGACUGUUUGGACAAACAGACCAAAUGGAUAUAUUGUCAGAUUUAUUUUAAUUAUUUUUUACAGUAAACAAAAAAUCUUUAUAUGUUUUGAUGAAUAUUUUAUAUGCAAUGUGGCAUUAUAUUACAGAUAGGUUUUACUAUCAGACUGUUUUACUUGACCUUUUUUUCAUGUUUUUUUAUAAACUGCAUUCCUAGUAAAACAAAAUUUGUGAAACUGCACACGUGCUUGUCUUUAUAUGAUCAUGUUGUUGUUUUGUUUUAUGUUGAUUGUUAAAUUAUUUCAGAAGUGACCAACACAAAAUUGUAUUGUACUCCUGUAACUGCUAAAUCUGGGGCUGAUGGGCACAGUUUAGGCUUCUAAAUGUUCCCCAUAAGGAUAAUAGGACCAUGUUUUAGCUCAUUAACUGCAACUUACAUUGUGGCUUAAAUUGCUGUCAAGAAAUUUCAAUAUUUUAGAUCUUUGGGCUAUGUAGGCAGCCAUUUCAUUUAUCUUUACAGUAUUAAAAUCAAUGUGUAGAACUAUGAACUUGG